UUUCGCUGAUCUCCCACUCUUACGAGUCCGUGUACUUUUCGUUGCUUUUUUAAUCGUAGGACAGCUUGUGCCGCAGCGACAAAGACGAUUGUUCGUAGAGAGACUAUCAAAGAAAAGUGCAUUUUCGCUCUUAGUCUGCAUUCUAGGACAGUUGAUCAAUGGUUUAUCUUUUUUUUUGUAAUGUGGAUCAAACAAGAUAAUUGGCUACAUUUCAACUGGGGAGUUGCUGACAAUGCUAGAAUGUCUAGUAGCUAAAUGGUGACUGUUUUGCUGUAACUAGAACAUUGAGAUUUAUUUUCUCAAAAGACCCAAUUUCGUUGAUUUGAAGAUAAUCAGGACAAGGCUACAGCCGAGCAAGGACAAGACAUCACCUUCAGCAUUUUUUCCCCAUUUGAUCUACAGGGACAUACAAUAAUGUUAACCCAGGUAUGUAUGGUUUAUUACAUUGUCGUUAGCCUACAUUGUUGGUAAAUGUUUUCCAAAGUGGUAAGAACAAAUACGUUUCUGUGUAGGCUACUAGCUUGUUGUUGUGUGUGGUGUGUCCAGGGCGCGCGUCUUGGACUUGGAUACGACCAUGUUCUUUCCGCGUAGCCUAAUGAAUCAAACACCUUUAAAUGAUGGUCAGUGAAAAAAACGUCGACGACGAUGGAUGCUUCGUGUGAAACGUGUCCACUAGUUUGUGUGUCCAGAAAACGUUGACACAACUUGUUUUUUUUCCUGCGCAGCAUCGAGUGUGUGUAGUCUAGGCUAGACUACAGAAGCCAUGUCAGGAGGAAUUCUAUUGUGUCACUGAAAUAUUUGGCACUACCGCUAUCGCAACUUUAUGUUCAUGACAAAUUAGAUCCGUGAGUAAACUAGACUAGGAUGCCUUCUGAUCAAGCUCUCUAAUUUAGAUAAACUAUUUGGAGAAGCGAAGGUUACAUUUUACUAGCCUACUUCAACUGUCAUUUUUCUCUGGUGACCGCCCAGCAAUCAGGUUACGAUGAAGUGACAUCUUCGUCGCCAUCUUUAGAUAAAAUUACUUUUAAGGACAGUAGAGGAUCAUUUGAGUGAUUUUGGGCCACUGUGUUUGAUUCGUUAUGCGUUGAUCAGUUCCUAUGCAGAUGACCCCUGUGUAGAGACAGACAUGAAGUACAUUUUUUCCUGACUGUCAAAUCUCGGAUGGGAUGAAAAUUACAAUAAGACUAGCCAGCCUAUACACGAAAAGUUGUCUUGUUAAAAUGACGACUAGGCUACCUUUGGCACUCCGAGAAACCAUUGAGACCGGCUUCGUUGUCAGUGUUUCUGUUAUACGUGCACCUACAAUCUGUUUCAGCCCUCGUUUCCUCCCCUCCCCCAUUAAGCCCUUCCGCCCCGGCUUUACACACUCCGACACAAUGUUGCCAUUAAGUGAAACAUAAUGUCCAAUCGAGUUGCAACAGUGUUGCAAUAGCCUCUGUAUAUCAACACAGGUCUAUGCAAUAUUCACGAGUCUUUCUUGAGCUAUAGACUACGUUUUCACUCGUUGUAGGCUAUUUGGCUACACGUUUUUGAAGGGCUGUCCAUUUUGUGUCAUUCCAGUGUCAGGCCUUUUGAAAGUUUAUUUCGAUAAUCUUAGCCUAAAGUUGUGGGUUCCUUAAAAGCACAACUCUAGAUUUCUUAUAUACUCAUAUUAUUAUUAUUGUUAUUAUUAUUAUUCUACUCGCUCUAGCGCUUAAACUGCUUCAGCUAUUACCACUCAGCGGGCCGGAAAUCCAUAACUACUAGAAUGGCCAUGACAGUCAGUUGUUAUUUCAAUUGUGUAAAUAUUCUAUAAUAAAUUGCUGAAUGAAUGCAUUUAUUAUGUUAAUAUAGGUCAUAAGAAACCUCAGGACACCAAAUGUAAAUUGUAAUCAGUCAGAAAAUGUAUUGAUUGAUCCAGAAGCGGAUAGACUGUAAAUACUAAAAGAAGACUAUAGUGUAUUUUCUGACUGUAAGACAACAGUUGCCUGCCCAUCUAGCUCGUCCAAACUACACCUAAACUAUAUUGAAACAAAUUUCACACAUAUUAUAAUAAUAAUAGAUGUGGCCUAAAGAAAAUAUUAAAUUGACAAUAGUCUGAUGGGUGACAAGAUUAUCAAUUGAGAAUGAAGAGACUGAUGACCAGUGCACCAGCGCAUUGUGCAUUGAGAAACGCACCAAUGCAUUGGAAAAGAAGGGACUGGAGCUUACCAAAUAGCACUUCUUCCAUAUCAGUCUACAGAGGUCCAUGCAGGCCAGACGUUUUGAUUGCUAUACCCUAUUUGACAGAGCAGAUUCCAAGGUUUUUAAUUAACCUAUUUUUGCCAAACAACUCUACAAAUUGUGCAGAUUGUCUCAGAUUCAAAGUAUUACUUUUUCCUAGAAUAACCAAGGCUCCAUACAUGUGCGUUCCUCAUAUGAGUACUGGCGACAAUCAGCAAUAGCCAGUUGGGGAAAAGAUCCUUUCUAUUUUCUAGUAUAUAUUCCAUUACAUUGUUACUAUAAAAUAUAUGUGUUGACUGUGGUAGGGCAGGGGAAUAUAAAUCUGCUGUUGAUUUCAUAGCCUCUGCUAUGAAGCACAGAUAAAUACAACUCAAAACAUGUUAUUCUGUUCUUUUGAAAUAAAUUGUCUUGUAUCAUGUUUUUUAUGACCUUCCUAAACAGAAUUUAAAAUAAAAUAAAAUUGUAUUGAUACUUUUUCACCUAUAACCAUUUAACAUUUGCAUAAAUUACCAUGGGUUUGAAUGAGAACAAUAUGACUAUAGAGGUAGCUAUUCAAAAUGGUCCUGCUCCUUUGCCAAUUAAGCUAUAAGACCAACUUGACCAUGUUCAGGCUAUCCUAACUUAAAAUUGUUUAAAAUCUUUACUAUAUACAUUUGCAUAAAUUAGCAUAAGCUAUCCCACCAACAGUAACUCUUUAACCGAUCAAGCUAGAGACACCAAACCAACUUUCACAUGUUCAGGCUAUCAUUUUACAUUUUAGUCAUUUAGCAGACGCUCUUAGCAUACAUUAUUUUUUUAUUUUUUCAUACUGACCCCCCGUGGGAAUCGAACCCACAACCCUGGCGUUGCAAGCGCCAUGCUCUACCAACUGAACUACACGGGCCCAUCAUAUCUUAUCCUAUCAAUCAUUCAAUCAAUCUUUCCAUCUACCUACAUUUUCAACUAUAACCAGUCACUACCAUUACUACUGCAGUCACUACCACUACUAUAACUUAUUUCACAACCAUAAAUACUUUAAAACAAGCUAGCAAGCACACCACAUUUUCUUCAGGAAAUGUACUUUUCUAGUUUAGCUUGAGCUUGAUCACUACUUCUAGGAUAUAUAGCCGUUUUUGCAGUAUAGGUAUCUCUCUUGGCCACACCGAGUCAGUCCCACCAUCUAUCCAUGUUAAUAACGUUUACAUUUCAAAAGGCGUGGGCCCUGACGUUCUAAAGCAGUUGGAAAUCGUUGUAUCAUUACCGUAAAGCCUGCUUUCACACAUCGGGUUUGUCUGUUACAUAACUGUCUCGAUGUUGUCAACCGAACAAAGUGUAGGCUUGCCUACAACUGGUUGGUUGGUCGGUGUGACAGUGCCUCCCGCGCUUUGGCUCACGGCAGUUUACUAUUGCACUUAGGUGCAUUUGUUUCAGCUCGCUGGGUGCACCGAGUAGCCAGAGUUUGCUUUCAAGACCAAUGGAAUGGUCUCAAAUGCCUACCCGGCGCUACGAGCCAGCUGCAUGGAUGGGAGGGACCCGGCAUAUGUUACAAUGUGGUUAUUAAUGGUAUAUAAUAACAAGGUGUUUGUUUGUUUGUUUCCGCAGAGAAAGAGAAAACGCACUGUGGAAGACUUCAACCAGUUUUGCACCUUUGUGUUGGCCUAUGCUGGAUACAUCCCCUAUCAAACAGAGGUAGGUUGAUAAAACACAGUUUUCUCCUGUUCAAGUAAGACUGAGAUGUAGCUUAUUAACACCAAAUUGCUCUUGUAAUUAAUUGAUUCUUAUUGUUUCUACACUGAAGAAAAAUAUAAAUGCAACAUGUAAAGUGUUGGUCCCAUGUUUCAUGAGCUGAAAUAAAAGAUCCACAAAAGUUUUGCGCACAAAUUUGUUUACAUCCCUGUUAGUGAGCAUUUCUCCUUUGCCAAGAUAAUCCAUCCACCUGACAGGUGUGGCAUAUCAAGAAGCUGAUUAAACAGCAUGAUCAUUACACAGGUGCAUCUUGUGCUGGAGACCAUAAAAGGCCACUCUAAAAUUAGCAGUUUUGUCACACAACACAAUGCCACAUUUCUCAAGUUUUGAGGGAGCAUGCAAUUGGCAUGCUGACUGAAGGAAUGUCCACCAGAGCUGUUGCCAGAGAAUUCAAUGUUAAUUUCUCUACCAUAAGCUGCCUCCAACAUCGUUUUAGAGAAUUUGGCAGUACAUCCAACCGGCCUCACAACCGCAGACCACGUGUAUUGCGUCGUGUGGGCGAGCGGUUUGCUGAUGUCAACAUUGUGAACAGAGUGCCCCAUGGACAGUGUGUUCCAGUUCCCGCCAAUAUCCAGCAACAUCGCUCAGCCAUUGAAGAGGAGUGGACAACAUUCCACGGGCCACAAUCAACAGCCUGAUCAACUCUAUGUGAAGGAAAUGUGUCACGCCGCAAAUGGUGGUCACACCAGAUACUGACUGGUUUUCUGAUCCACACCCCUACCUUUUUUUAAAAAGAUAUCUGUGACCAACAGAUGCAUAUCUGUAUGCUCUGUCAUGUGAAAUCCAUAGAUUAGGGCCUAAUUAAUUUAUUUCAAUUGACUGAUUUCUUAUAUGAACUGUAACUCAGUAAAAUCUUUGAAAUUGUUGCAUGUUGCGUUUAUAUUUUUGUUCAGCAUAUUUCUGUUGAAUGAUGUAUCCAGUUCUGCUGGUGUUUACAUGGUGAUGUAUCCCCCUGUAGGAGUGGUGGUGUAGUGAGAGCAAGCCCAGGGACAGCAACCCCUGCAGCACCAGCCACAGUACCAGUCCAUGGGCCUACCAGUCCUCUCCUAACUCAGACUGUGGCUCCUCCGCUCAGAGCCAGACGGAGAAAGGGAAGGAGGUGAAGAGGAGGAGGUCAGACAAGAAUCCAGCUGGGCCUGGUCAGGGGGAGAAGAAGCCUAGAGGAGGAAGUGCCAAGAAGUCUCCCAAUACGAAACAGGCUGCCCCUAGAUCAACAGUCAGCAGAAUGCCAGAGCUCCAUGAGCAGCACCAGCCCCAGUCUGGACGGACCAACCACAACAGCUGUCCUACUUACAACAAAAUACAUCCUCUCACGGUUCCCAAACGUGACCAUGACUGUAAACUUCCCCAAUCUUCCCUGACUCAACUCUUCCCUGAAGCCACCCCCAGCAGCUCUCUUUCUGACCACAAGAACAAGACCAACAUCGGUCAGACAGACACACCAGACCCCAACGGGUCAGCUGGGAAGACAAGCGACGCUACAACCCCUCAGAAGAAAGGAAGUGAAGAACUGGAACAGGAAGUGACAGAGCAGCCUGUUGACAUGACAACGACAAGCUGUGAGACGGAGGGGAGCAGUCCUCACAGGCCGGGAAACACAGAAAAUAAGAUAAGAAAAGAAGAGGAGAAGGGGUCUAGGGAGAGCUGGGAGGGGUCUGGUAGUGAAGGAGGGAUAGACAGGGGUCAGAGGUCAGAUAUCCUGAGGAUGGUGAUGGACAGGAGGUUGAGAGGUCAGCUAGCUGAAGACCAAGAGACAGGCUACCACACAGAGGAGGGCAGCAGUCCCGACCAGGACCGGGAACAUGGAAGGAGCAACUACCAGACAGACCAGGGAGGGAGCGAUGGAGAGGACAUGUCUGCAGACAACAGCAAGAUGGAGGGUGAGUAGAAAGGAAUCCCACCUGAGACUAAAGGUGCAUCCCAAAUGGAACGCUGUCCUCUAUAGCACUAAUUUUGACCAAGGCCCAUAUUCCCUAUAUAGUGAACUACUUUUGACCAGGACCCUAGUAGGACUCUGGUCAAAAGUAAUAUGGAACAGGUUGCCGUUUUGGACACAGCUCACUCAUUACCUCAUUACUAUCUACAACCAUCAUUGAUAGUUUAAAACAGAGGCUGUGUUUAAUAUAACGUCUCUCUUCUAUUUCUCUCUUUUCUCAGAUGAGGACGACUCGUGGGACCUGAUCACCUGUUUCUGCCUGAAGCCGUUCGCGGGUCGGCCCAUGAUAGAGUGUAGUGAGUGUGGCACCUGGGUGCACCUGUCCUGCGCUAAGAUCCGCCGCACCCACGUUCCUGAAGUCUUCACCUGCCAGCCCUGCCGAGAUGCCAAGACCAACAUCAGACGCUCCAACCGGGCGCGGAUCGCCCCCCGCAAACGCUUCAGCGACUAGAGAGCACCAGCUGGUUCAUUGGCUGCAUCCCAAUUGGCAGCAGGUAGCCUAGUGGUUAAGACUGUUGGGCCAGUAACCGAAAGGUCACUGGUUUGAAUCCCCAAGGUGGAAAAAUCUGCAGUUUUACCUUUGAGCUAGGCAGUUAACCCCCAACAAUAACUGCUCCCAGAGCGCUGUUGAUGUCGAUUAAGGCAGCCCUCCGCACCUCUCUGAUUCAGAGGGGUUCGGUUGAAUGCAGAAGACACAUUUCGGUUGAACGCAUUCAGUUGUGCAACUGACUAGGUAACCUAUAUAGUGAACUACUUUUGACCAGAGCCCUAUGUAGGAAAUAGGGUGACCAUUUGGGACAUUGACCACUAGUGAGCAUCAAGUUCUAUGCUGGUCCAUUUUGCCACUCUGCAAAAACCACCUCCAGCCACCAGGGUUGUGUUCAGUAAAACACAGAAAAAGUAAAUUAACUUUUGUUAUUGGACAAGUCCAGGUAGUCCUCCCUGUUUCAGUCCUUUUUCUUAAAUUUUGUGCCUAAUGAACACGACCCAGGACACUGCCAUCAGCAACCAAGCCAUGAGUCUACGGUUGUGUUCCCCUGCUCAGAUGUUGCAUUCAUCAACCAAUGGUCAUCAACUGUGCCGUCAGGCACCAGAUUGUUUAUAACAUAUGAUGUGGCUAGCUGAUACUUAAAAUACCUAUCCAGGCAUUGUAAGAUCCUAUCACUCUCUCCAGAACAUUCACAGACAAUCAUGUCUACUCAGGAAGGAAUGAGGGGCUACAGGAGAGAGAAAGAGGGAAUGGGGGGAUGGAGUGAGGGCAGGGGUGAAAGAGGGAUGUGGUUGGUAACAGUCUGUUGUUACUGUUGUGGUGAGAACAUAACAUCUUCUCACAUGCUAAUCUCAUUUACCCCCACCCCUCCCUUCAUCCUCCCUUACCUUCACUCAACCCUUUAAUUCAAUUCAAUUAAAUGUAAGGGCUUUAGUGGCAUGGGAAACGUAUGUUAACAUUGCCAAAGCAAGUGAAGUAGAUAGUAAACAAAAGUGAAAUAAACAAUACAUAUUAACAGUAAACAUUACACUCAGAAGUUCCAAAAGAAUAAAGACAUUUCAAAUGUCAUAUUAUGUGUAUAUAUACAGUGUUGUAACAAUGUGCAAAUAGUUAAAGUACAAAUGGGAAAAUAAAUAAAUAUAAAUAUGGGUUGUAUUUACAAUGGUGUUUGUUCUUCACUGGUUGCCCUUUUCUUGUGGCAACAGGUCACAAAUAUUGCUGCUGUUAUGGCACACUGGUAUUUCACCCAGUAGAUAAGGGAGUUUAUCAAAAUUGGGUUUGUUUUCAAAUUCUUUGUGGAUCUCUGUAAUCGGAGGGAAAUAUGUGUCUCUAAUAUGGUUAUACAUUUGGCAGGAGGUUAGGAAGUGCAGCUCAGUUUCCACCUCAUUUUGUGGGCAGUGUGCACAUAGCCUGUCUUCUCUUGAGAGCCAGGUCUGCCUACGGCUGCCUUUCUCAAUAGCAAGGCUAUGCUCACUGAGUCUGUACAUAGUCAAAGAUUUCCUUAACUUUGGGUCAGUCACAGUGGUCAGUUGUUCUGCCACUGUGUACUCUCUGUUUAGGGCCAAAUAGCAUUCUAGUUUGCUCUGUUUUUUUGUUAAUUCUUUCCAAUGUGUCAAGUAAUUCUCUUUUUGUUUUCUCAUGAUUUGGUUGGGUCUAAUUGUGUUGUUGUUGUUGUCCUGGGGCUCUGUGUAGUCUGUUUGUGUUUGUGAACAGAGCCCCAGGACCAGCUUACUUAGGGGACACUUCUCCAAGUUCAUCUCUCUGUAGGUGAUGGCUUUGUUAUGGAAGGUUUGGGAAUCGCUUCCUUUUAAGUGGUUAUAGAAUUUAACGGCUCUUUUCUGGAUGUUGAUAAUUAGUGGGUAUCGGCCUAAUUCUGCUCUGCAUGCAUUAUUAGGUGUUUUUCGUUGUACACUGAGGAUAUUUUUGCAGAAUUCUGCAUGCAGUCUCAAUUUGGUGUUUGUCCCAUUUUGUGAAUUAUUGGUUGGUGAGCGGACCCCAGACCUCACAACCAUAAAGGGCAAUGGGUUCUAUAACUGAUUCAAGUAUUUUUAGCCAGAUCCUAAUUGGUAUGUCGAAUUUUAUGUUCCUUUUGAUGGCAUAGAAAGCUCUUCUUGCCUUGUCUCUCAGAUCGUUCACAGCUUUGUGGAAUUUACCUGUGGCGCUGAUGUUUAGGCCGAGGUAUGUAUCGUUUUUUGUGUGCUCUAGGGAAACGGUGUCUAGAUGGAAUUUGUAUUUGUGGUCCUGGCAACUGGACCUUUUUUGGAUCACCAUUGUUUUUGUCUUACUGAGAUUUACUGUCAGGGCCCAGGUCUGACAGAAUCUGUGCAGAAUAUCUAGGUGCUGCUGUAGGCCCUCCUUGGUUGGUGACAGAAGCACCAGAUCAUCAGCAAACAGUAGACAUUUGACUUCAGAUUCUAGUAGGGUGAGGCCGGGUGCUGCAGACUGUACUAGUGCCCUCGCUAAUUCGUUGAUAUAUAUGUUGAAGAGGGUGGGGCUUAAACUGCAUCCCUGUAUCACCCCAAUGACCUGUGGAAAGAAAUGUGUGUGUUUUUUGCCAAUUUUAACCACACACUUGUUGUUUGUGUACAUGGAUUUUAUAAUGUCGUUUGUUUUUCCCCCAACCCCACUUUCCAUCAAUUUGUAUAGCAGACCCUUAUGGCAAAUUGAGUCAAAAGCUUUUUUGAAAUCAACAAAGCAUGAGAAGACUUUGCCUUUGUUUUGUUUUGUUUGUUUGUCAAUUAGGGUGUGCAGGGGGAAUACGUGGUCUGUCGUACGGUCAUUUGGUAAAAAGCCAAUUUGACAUUUGCUCAGUACAUUGUUUUCACUUAGGAAAUGAACUAGUCUGCUGUUAAUGAUAAUGCAGAGGAUUUUCCCAAGGUUGCUGUUGACUCAUAUCCCAUGGUAGUUAUUGCUGUCAAAUUUGUGGAUUGGUGUGAUCAGUCCUUAUUGGGGAAGAUGCCAGAGCUAAGGAUGAUGUUAAAGAGUUUAAGUAUAGCCAAUUGGAAUUUGUGGUCUGUAUAUUUUAUCAUUUCAUUGAGGAUACCAUCAACACCACAGGCCUUUUUCGGUUGGAGGGUUUGUAUAUUUCAUUCAAUGUAAUUGGAGAAUCCAGUGGGUUCUGGUAGUCUUUAAUAGUUGAUUCUAAGAUUUGCAUUUGAUCAUGUAUAUUUUUUUGCUGUUUGUUCUUUGUUAUAGGGCCAAAAAUAUUGGAGAAUUUGAAUUUGUUGUUGAAUUUGAAUUUGUUGUUGCCUAAUUGUUUUUUGGUAGGUUUCGACACUAUCCCUCCAUUUAUAGCAUUUCUUAAUAUUAUUCAGUUCCUUUGGCUUCCCACGGGGGGCAGUAUGAAAAAUGAAUGCACUAAUUGGAAGUCGCUCUGGAUAAGAGCGUCUGCUAAAUGACUAAAAUGUAAAUGUAAAAUGAGAAGUGGUUUACCCAUACAUCUCCGUUUUGGAUAGAUAGCUCUUCGUGUUUUUUUUUUUUUUGUGUUUUCCAAUUUUCCCAGAAGUGGUUAGAGUCUAUGGAUUCUUCAAUUACAUUGAGCUGAUUUCUGACAUGCUGUUCCUUCUUUUUCCGUAGUGUAUUUCUGUAAUGUUUUAGUGAUUCACCAUAGUGAGGGCGUAGGCUCAGGUUUUCUGGGUCUCUAUGUUUUUGGUUGGAUAGGUUUCUCAAUUUCUUUCUUAGGUUUUUGCAUUCUUCAUCAAACCAUUUAUCACUGUUGUUACUUUUCUUCGGUUUUCUGUUAGAGAUUUUUAGAUUUGAUAGGGAAGCUGAGAGGUCAAAUAUACUGUUUAGGUUUUCUACUGCCAGGUUUACACCUUCACUGUUACAGUAGAAUGUUUUGUCCACAAAGUUGUCUAAAAGGGAUUGAAUUUGUUGUUGCCUAAUUGUUUUUUGGUAGGUUUCGACACUACUUUCCUUCCAUCUAUAGCAUUUCUUAAUAUUAUUCAGUUCCUUUGGCUUUGAUGCCUCAUGAUUGAGUAUUGCUCUGUUCAAGUGGACUGUGAUUUUGCUUUGGUCUGAUAGGGGUGUCAGUGGGCUGACUGUGAACGCUCUGAGAGACUCUGGGUUGAGGUCAGUGAUAAAGUAGUCUACAGUACUACUGCCAAGAGAUGAGCUAUAGGUGUACCUACCAUAGGAGUCCCCUCGAAGCCUACCAUUGACUAUGAACAUACCCAGCGUGCGACAUAGCUGCAGGAGUUGUGACCCGUUUUUGUUGGUUAUGUUGUUGUAGUUGUGCCUAGGGGGGCAUAUGGGGGAGGGAAUGCUGUCACCUCCAGGUAGGUGUUUGUCCCCCUGUGUGCUGAGGGUGUCAGGUUUUUAUCUAGUUCUGGCAUUUAGGUCACCACAGACUAGUACAUGUCCCUGGGUCUGGAAAUGAUUGAUUUCCCCCUCCAGGAUGGAGAAGCUGUCUUCAUUAAACUAUGGGGAUUCUAGUGGGGGGAUAUAGGUAGCACACAGGAGGACAUUUUUCUCUGUUGAGAUCAUUUCCUUUUGAAUUUCUAGCCAAAUGUAAAAUGUUCCUGUUUUGAUUAAUUUAUUAGAGUGAGUUAGGUCUGCUCUAUACCAAAUUAGCAUACCCCCUGAGUCCCCUGUUUCACACCUGGUAGUUUGGUGGAUGGGACUACCAGCUCUCUGUAACCUAGAGGGCAACCAGUGGGUCCAUCUCCUCUAUACCGUGUUUCUUGUAGGGUGACAAUGUCUGUAUUUCCCUUUUCUUUGGUGAAGUCCAGGUUCCUGCUCUUUAGGCCAAAGGCAGAUGACCUCAGGCCUUGGAUAUUCCAGGAUGAAAUAGUGAAGGCUUUGUGUUCCAUAAAGUGUCUAAUGUUGUUGGUCGUGUGGUUUGGCCUCAGGCCAGCAAUUGUGAGCAGAGCCUGCUGAGCAUCUGGUACAUGCCAUUGGCUUGGGCUAGUGUAAGAGUGGGGGUUGGGUCUAUUUGCCUGCUCACGGCCUGGGCGUAUGUGUGACUUUCAUGUUGAGGCCCUCUUUGCGGGAGUAGGGGGCAUGGGGUGGGUAGGAAGGGCAUAGGUCUGAUCUGAGGGGGCCUAAAUGGGGUGUGGGCAUGGUUGACUUGGGGGGGUGUUAAUUGUUUGGGGUGGGGGUGUGGAUGUGGCUUGUGGUGCUCUGGUCUGGAUGUAGGUCCUCUCGGCGGGGGUCCUCUAUGUGUAGGUCUGGGGGGGUGGGGGGGUGGGGGGGGGGUCCCGGGGGGGUCCCGCAGGUCUUGGAGAGUGUCUUGCUGGUCUGGGCAGGGUGUCUGUUGAUCUGUUGCUCCUGUGUGAGGUGUUGGGUCUGCUGUUGAGGGCGAUAUCCUUUAGGUGGACCUGGUCGUAAAGGCCAGGUCCCUCCAGGCUCCAUCCACCCCUCCCUUCAUUACUCCCUCCAUCCACCCAUCUCUUCAUUUGUGCAUCACUGAACCUAAGGGCUUGCCUUGGCUCAUCUACACUAGUAUGUUCAAUUCACUCCUUAGUAUUUUACAAUGUAGGGAAUAGGGUGCAAUUUGAGACACAUGGACAGGUUUCUGGGGACUGCUUUCUCAAAAUAUGCAUUUUCAGUUAUUUCCACAGUUGUUGCCAUUUAAGAUGUAUAAGAUUGUCACGAGUGCGACUUUCUGACUCUCAGUUGUAUUAUUAUUAUACAGUGCCCAGUGGAUGCCUGCCACUCUUCCAAACACGUUAUAUAUUUACACCGAGCGUACAUACAAAGCAUUAAGAACACCUUCCUAAUUUAGUUGCACCCCCCACCUCCCCCCUUUUGCCCUCAGAAUAGCCUCAAUUCGUCGGGGCAUGGACUCUACAAGGUGUCGAAAGCGUUCUACAGGGAUGCUGGCCCAUGUUGACUCCAAUGCUUCCCACAAGUUGUGUCAAGUUGGCUGGAUGUCCUUUGGGUAGUGGACCAUUCGUGAUACACACUGUAAACUGUUGAGCGUGAAAAUCCAGCAGCGUUGCAGUUCUUGACACAAACUGGUGAGCCUGGCACCUAUUACCAUACCCCGUUCAAAAGCACUUAUAUAUUUUCUUUCCCAUUCACCCUCUGAAUGGCACACAUACACAAUCCAUGUCUGAAUUGUCUCAAGGCUUAAAAAUCCUUAUUUAACCUGUCUCCUCCCCUUCAUCUACACUGAUUGAAGUGGAUUUAAUAAGUGACAUCAAUAAGGGAUCAUAGCUUUCACCUGGUCAGUCUGUCAUGGAAAGCGCAGGUGUUCAUAAUGUUUUGUACACUCAGUUUAUAUCAGAUGGUAAACCUUUAGUAAGAUGUAAAUAGUUUGCUUUUUUAGAGUUGUUUAUUAUAGCUUAUAUGUGACACAUGCAGUAAUAAAGGUCAACGACUAACUCGUAAGUCUCAUCGUUGUUCUGUACUGUUUACAUCAGGGCUGCCCAACCAUCUUCCUGGAGAUCUACCGUCCUGUGGGUUUUCAGUCCAACCCUAAUUUAACACACCUCAUUCUACUUAUUAGCUGCUCAACAAGACCUUAACUAGCUGAAUCAGAUACGCUAAAUUAGGGUUGGACUGAAAACCUACGGGACAGUAGAUUUCCAGGAAGAGGGUUGGGCAGCCCUGGUUUACAUAUUAUUUUCACAAGUACCUUGUACACAAAAUCAGUCACCAGACCAGAUAAUAUGGUUCUGUCUUGUUUUAAUGGAGCAAAGCAUCACCAUUAUUAAGCAAGUAUUCUUCCAGUGCCUAUUUAAGCAACCGAUCUCCAGCACAACUACGCUAUGUUCCUGUCAGCUGCCACACUACUGUUGAUCAUAUAUACUGAACAAAAUAAAAAAGCAACAUGUAAAGUGUUGGUCCCAUGUUUCAUGAGAUGAAAUAAAAGAUCCCAGAAAUUUUCCAUUCGCACAAAAAGCAUAUUUCUCUCAAAUGUUCUCUCAAAAAUGUGUUUACAUCCCAUGUUCGUGAGCAUUUCUCCUUUGCCAAGAUAAACCACCCACCUGACAGGUGUGGCAUAUCAAGAAACUGAUUAAACAGCAUGAUCAUUACACAGGUGCACCUUGUGUUGGGGACAAUAAAAGACCACUAAAAUGUGCAGUUUUGUCUCACAACACAAUGUCACAGAUGUCAAGUUUUGAGGGAGCGUGCAAUUGGCAUGCUGACUGCAGGAAUGUCCACCAGAGCGGUUGCCAGAGAAUUUAAUGUUCAUUUAUCUACCAUAAGCCGCCUCCAACGUUGUUGUAGAUAAUUUGGCAGUACGUCCAACUGGCCUCACAACCGCAGACCAUGUAUAACCACGCCAGCCCAGUGGGUGGACCUGGCUCCCAACUGGGUGGGCCUAUGCCCUCCCAGGCCCACCCAUAACAGUGCCCCUGCCCAAUCAUGUGAAAUCCAUAGAUUAGGGCCUAAUUUAUUUAUUUAAAUUGACUGAUUUCCUUCUAUGUACAGUAAAAUAUUUGAAAUUGUUGCAUGUUGUGUUUACAUUUUUGUUCAGUAAUAGGUUGAUCUCUGCUCACACGAAAUCAGCUCCAGGUAUCUGAGAUGUCUUAAGGCAGGCAUGGUUUAUUUACAUUAAAAUAUUUCACAGUAAAGUAAAGUAAUAGGUUCAAAUCUCCAAGCCUGCCUGUCAAAAGCAGAAGGUUCCACUUAUCUAUGCAGUCGCCAUAGCCCUUUACCACAGACACAACCCAGACCAGUCCUUCACCACAGACAAAACUACAGUUUGUCUAGGGACUUCUAUAUCUGACAUCCUCAACCAGCUAGCCACAUGGUUCUACCACAAUGUCCAGGCAUGCUAGCUACUCCUCCGGCCUCAUAGCUGGUACGUCCAGUCCGUUGUCUCUGAUGUAGGGCAGGACAGCGUCGGUGUAGAACAUCUCCAGCUUGGCCAGGGUGUCGUCCCAGAACGCAGGGUCAAAGGUCACAGGGACGAUGGCUGUUUCCUUCAGGGUGAACACCACUAGGUCAGCCUGUGUUAACCCUGUCACCGCCAGCUGGCACUGGAUCUGGGUGUAGUAGCUGUGGUCUGGCUUCAGAUGGUACCUCACCUGUAGAGAAAAUAAGAAAAAAUAAUUGGGAAGUGCUGCUAGAAUACACUAGAAGGUAGAUCUUUGUAGAUUGAAGGUGCUCUUUGGUUAAGGGGUUAACUGGUCAUCAAAAAACAAGGGGACCAAGGCAAGGCACUCAUCAUAUAAUUAAAAUGCCUUUAUUAUGAUAGUAUGUUCGAACAAAAAAUAAAUAAAGCUUGGCAUAGCCAAAGUCAGGGCGUACAAUGACACAACAAACAUGUCCUAACUAACCUGUCCCCCCUCCUCCCCCUGGUCCUGUAUCGUCACGCAGAAGGCUGGGUCCUCUCUACAGGCCUGGGCUACAGUGUUCUGACGGUGCUUAUAGGGACACUUGACCUCUAGGCAGAGCAGCCGUUGGCCGGUCCUUUGGUCCUCUACGAUGCCGUCAGGACUGCCUGCUAGCCAGGGGCGCUGGGGGUCGAUGAACAGGCCACACUCCUGCACCCUCACCGCCCAGCCCAGGGCCUUGCUCUUCAGGAUCUGAUAUCUGAGAUAAAAUUAGAUGAGAUUGUACUUUAUUAAUCCCAGAGGGGAAAUUAGUUUGUCAUCCUUACAGCCACAGAAAAACAAUACAAAUACAACAUUUAAAAACAAUCGCAGGACAAUUACAGUAAAUACAUAGGUGGUACCUCCGCACGGCCUCGGCCUCCUGCAUGAUGCCCCAGGUCAUGGCGCGGGUCUUGACGUUGGUGCCGUGGCCUGUGAUGGCGGCCAGGUAGGAAGCCGGCGGGGUUGUGCUCUGGCCAGUAACGAAGCGGCUGUGGGCGAGGCGGUGAGCGACCGACGCUGUGAUUCGGUUCUGACGCCAGGAAAACCAGCUGGGGUUCUCUCGCUGGCCCCGGGUCUGGAGCUCCACCGCCUCCACAACACCAUCUUCUACCUUCUGACCUAA